AUGGACCCCUGCUCGCUUGGUACAGUGAAUGUCACGAGCAAUGGGCAUCAAGCAUUAGAUUGCUACCCUGAGCUAAUGUUCAAUUUGAAACCGCCCUACCAGGAGGACGGAGCCCCAAUUCACAAGGCAAGGGGUCUGGUCGAUUUUGAAAGCAAAACUCUGCUCAAAACCUCAUCGCUCUGUGGAUUCUUCAAGAAAGUCUUCGAGAAGGGAUGGGACGAGCUCGAACGCUAUUCUUACGUGUCACAGUCGAUGGCUUCCCGAAACGCCUCAAGGCCUGUAUCGAUCAAAGGAGGCUCUGAAGAAGGCGAUAUUGCCGAAACGUUAGCCACGAAUAAAGGAUUAUAA